AUGCACCAACUGGCAGUACUCUUGGCCCUCGCCAGCCUUUUUCUCUUCUUCGCGCACGCCGCUGAGACACCCAUGGCCGCAGACAUGGGACCUGCCGCCUUCCUCUGGCCUCCAGAUCGCACCUGGGGAGCCGAACAAGACAACACUCCUCCCUGCGGCUCUUCCGCCGGCGUGACCAACCGAACCGAAUUACCUCUAACCAACGGCAAAGCAUCCCUAGUCCUACAAGACGAAUCCUACAACGUAAACCUGGCAAUUUCCUACGAAAACAACCCAACCUCAAACAAAGACUUUACAGCCCUGGAAGACUUCCCCGAUCUCGUCCCAGGACACGAAUGCUACGACAUCCCCAACCCCCCGAAAAACACUCUCCCAGGAGCAAAUGCCACUCUCCAGAUAUCAUACGUCUCCGCCUUCGACACGGAUAAGAACGAGACCUUCUACGCUUGCGCGGACAUAACAUACGUCGAAUUGAGCGCGUUUAAGGUUGUACCUUUCUGCCGCAAUAUCACGGCUCCUGAGACGACGAGUGGGAGCACUAGUACCAGUACCGCUUCACCAACUGCGAUGAGCCUUUCUUCCUCCUCCUCCUCCUCCUCCUCCUCCUCGAAGGGCUCGGGUCUUUCGGGUGGCCAGAUCGCUGGGAUUGUGAUUGGGUCUUUGGCGGGAAUUGCGCUUGUGGCGGCUGGGGCUUUUCUGUUGUGGAGUAGACAUCAGCGAUCGGUUCAGAGAGAUAAGGUUGUUGCUGUGAGGAUGGGCGAUUGGGGGGGGUCUGCCUGGGAAUCCGGCUUCGCGAUAGUCGCGAGCUGCAUGGCUCGAUGUGAUGUUAUGUGA